AUGGCAUCAUUUGAUACCGAAUCCUCUGCAGGACUUCAAGAUGCUGCUUUUGACUUUAUCAUCGUCGGCGGCGGCACUGCUGGUCUAGUCGUCGCCAAUCGGCUAUCAGAAAACCCUAAUGUUCGCGUUCUGGUGCUUGAAGCAGGAACGAAUCGCAUUGGCGAUCCUCGAAUCACUGUUCCGGGUUUGGGACCUGCGACGUUCGAAGACCCAGACUUUGAUUGGAACUUUCGUUCCGUCCCUCAGGAACAACUCAAUGGUCGCAAGCUCAUUGGAAGCAAGGGCCGUACUCUUGGUGGAUCCUCCGCUAUCAACCUAGGCAUGGUCAUCUACCCAUCGCGCACCGGAUUGGACGCAUGGGAGUCGCUAGGAAAUCCCGGCUGGGGCUGGGACGGACUUUCUCCGUACAUUCGCAAGUUCCAAAAGACCACACCCCCAUCUGAGGGAGCAAGAGAGUUCUUCCCGGAGAUGAAGUAUGAUCAGAAGUAUCAAGGCAGCGAGGGUCCUGUACAGGUGUCCUACGCGGACCAGUGGAUGCCAUUCCACUCUGCGUGGAUGGGAAGCUUCAAGGAAUUGGGUUACCCCCAGCUCGAAGAUCCGGUCGCUGGAGCUGGUACUGGUCCCUUUGUUAGCCCCGGUGCGGUGGACCCGGUCACACACACUAGAAGCCAUUCUGCGGCCGCAUAUCUGGGACCCGAUGUGCAAGCUCGGGCAAACCUAAGGAUUGUCACUGGUGCCCUCGUAGAAAAGGUCUUGCUGGAAAAUGGAAAUGAAGGCUUCGUUGCGACUGGCGUCCGAUUCAGUAAGGACCUGGAGACAUUCACCAUAACAGCAAAUAAGGAAGUCAUCCUUGCUGCUGGCACAACCCAAAGUUCUCAGAUCCUAGAGCUAUCUGGUGUUGGAGAUACGAAGAUUCUUCAACCUCAUGGGAUCACAACUCUUAUCGACAACCCAAGCGUCGGAGAAAACCUCCAAGACCAUGGAAUUGUCUCAUUUGGAUACGAAGUGGCAGACGGUAUGCCAUCCGGUGACAUGGCUAGGGAUCCUGCAGUGGCAGCAGCCGCAAUGGCCGCAUAUCAAAAGGACGGUUCAGGCCCAUUGGGCUGUGUUCCGUUCGUGUCGGCCUUUAUGCCAUGUCUAGACUUCCCCCAAGAUGAGCGAACCCAUUUACUGCAAAAGAUUCAAUCCUGCAUUGAUGAUCCCAACACCUCGCGAGCACACAAGAAGCAAUUCGAGACAAUCCAUCAGAUCAUGCAAAACCCGGAUGACCCGACUGUGCAGUAUACCAUGGCCCCUUUCCAACUCCUACCAAGGGAAGGAGAUAGCCCCAAGCGUGUUUUCGGAAUGGGGCACCCUGGACUCUUCGUCAGCGUCCUCUCACUAUUGAGUUAUCCUCUUUCGCGUGGAUCAGUGCACAUCCAAUCUGCCGAUCCGAAGGCUGCACCGCUUAUUGAUCAGGCUAUCCUCCGUCAUCCGGUUGAUCAGGAAAUGCAUGCUCGUCAUAGCAUGUGGAUGGACACUAAGAUUGUUGAGUCGGAGGCUUUUGGAUCCCUGCUGAAGAAGGGUGGUGAGCGUCUGCACACACCCGAGCGCCUUACAGAUUUGGAGAAGGCGAAGGAUAUUUGCAAGGAGCUUGUACUUUCCAUGUACCACGUUGCUGGCUCGUGUGCUAUGAUGCCGCGUGAAGAUGGAGGCGUUGUGGAUCCCCAGUUGAAGGUUUAUGGCACCACUAAUCUUCGUGUUGUGGAUGCUAGCAUCUUCCCCAUUGAGCCUAGGGGCAAUAUUCAGGCGACUGUGUUUGCGGUUGCCGAGAAGGCUGCUGACAUUAUUAAGCAGCAGCUGUAG